ACCAUGGAACUCCUGUCACUGGUGCUGGUGCUGCUGGCUGGGACCCUGGCUACCAGCAUCCACCUGCACUGGUGGGACCGUAGCAGUGCCAUCAAGGAGAUUGCACUGGACAUGGCCCCCAACUCCUUCGAUGACCAGUACCUGCGCUGCCACUUCAAAAUGGUGAGGGUGCUGCCAGCACUCAACCGCACGGAGUUUGUCCCCCACGGUGACUACGCCGAGGCCUGGAACAGGGCCGCAGCCAAAUGGGGCAGCCGCCCCUACCUGGGCCGCCCCUUCCUGCUGCAGCUGGAACAGGCCAUCGCCCUCCUGGCCUACACGAUGGAGGAGGGCCUGUACCUGGAGUUCAACAGGGCUGUGCGUGUGGCCGGGCGCUCCCGACGGGAGUACCUGGACACCUUCCACUUCAAGGUGCUGCAUUUCCUGCUGACCGAGGCCCUGAGUGAGCUGCGGGGUGCCCAGGGCCACCCCCACUGCCUCCACGUGUACCGGGGUAUCGAUGGUAUCCGCUUCACCAGCAGGAUCGGACAGAUCAUCCGCUUUGGCCAGUUCGCCUCCGCCUCCUUGCUGAAAAAUGUCAGCGAGUCCUACGGCACCAGAACCACCUUUGAGGUGGACACCUGCCACGGUGCUGACAUCCGGUACUUCUCAAACUACCCCGAGGAGGAGGAGGUCCUCAUCCCACCCUUUGAGACCUUCAAGGUCACCAAUAUCACCCACCAAGGGGACGACAUCUACAUCCACCUCCGCUCCCAUGGCGUGCACAGCAAAUACAACUGCGCGUGGUUCCGAGGCAGAAGUGUCCCCAGAGACCCCCCAGGCCUCACUGGACUCCUCCUGGCAGCGCUGGCAGCUGUCACCAGCAUCCCCUGA